AUGUGUUUGGCGGCGCAGUCUUGGGCCAAACAAUGCGACCUGCCUCAUAACAAUCACAAAGAUAAUAUAAGAGCGGCGAUCGCAGCGAGUGGGAUUGGUAUUCUCAUCGUGAUUCUUCGCAUAAUAUCAAGGGCGUAUACAUUGCGCAAAUUUUGGUGGGAUGACUGGAGCCAUAUCAUUGCUGGGGUGCUGAUGAUACCAUUGCUUGUUUUCGGCAAUCUUUCUGUGAAUGAGGGGAUGGGCUACCAUCUAUACGAUAUCAACUUCUCUUCCAUAUCUCAAGCCACUCACCUAGCUCUCUGGUACUAUCUCUCGCAGAUUUUCUGGCUAGUCGUCAUUUAUUUCAUCAAAAUGUCGAUACUUUUCCUCUACCUUCGAAUAUUCCCUGAGAUUCCACUCUUUCGACGUUGUGUCAUGGGUACGAUGGUUUUCACGACAGUGGCUGUCCUUAUACUUGUCCCGAUGGCCAUAUGGCAAUGCGUGCCGAUCCAUGCAAUAUGGGAUUUGAAAAGGGAAGAUGCGAGGUGUCUCAGUAUCUCAGGCGUGGCCUAUGCCAGUGCAGGGGUGAACAUUGCCACUGAACUUGCAGUUUUAAUUCUGCCUCUACCAUUGCUCCGAAGACUUCGCGCCACAGUAGCCCAAAAGGUUGCAUUGUAUGCUCUUUUUGGUUGUGGUAUUCUUGUCAUAGCCAUCGCAUCCGCUCGUGUACCAACCCUAAGAAAUGUCGAAGCGAUUCGUGAUCCGACUUACUCGAAUUCUGGUGUUUUCUACUGGACCUGUGCGGAAACCGUUGUCGCACAUUUGUGCGCAGCCGCGCCGGCUAUCCGACCGUUAUAUGUGAAAUUACGCGAUAUUAUCCGACGAAAGAGACAAAAGACAUCCGACUCGUCCGAAUCUAAUGUUCUCAGCGGGGGCUCCCUUUCGAACCCCCGCAAUCGGUCGAUUCAUGGUUUGAGUUCUCAACAAGUGGCAUCUCGUAUUCCAGAGAGACUUGAUGAUAGACAUAAUCUUGAGUUGGCCUUGCACGACCCUUCUUUAUCGUUGGAAAAGUCGGAUAGCAGGCGAUUUGAUGUGGCUGUAUGA